GUUGCGCAUGCGCAGUCAUUCGUGCUGUCACCGCGUCUCUCAGGCUGCGUGCUGGUUUGGAGUAAUCCAGUAAAGAUGAAACCGGUCUUUGGGUUUGAUGUUUGUGGGUUAAAGCCCUGACCCGGACCACAGGCUCCAGCAGAUAUCAGGCGACUCACAAAUAAUGCAAGCAGACAACUGCAAGAAAAAGAAACAAAGUCUGAACUGCAGAAGCGUAUCAGAGGAUUAUUGUCUGCGUGACCAGCCGAAAGAAGACAACAUAAAGAUGAAGAAUAAAGUGUCCGCUUCACAAGCAGUCAGCAGUAAGAAGAAGCCAUGGUCCUGGGAUCAGUAUCUUGAGGAUGAGAGAGCCAUCGCUGCACCACUGCAUCUCUUCACUGAGUCCCAGACGUUUCCCAGCAGCAGAAAUGGAUUUAAGGUUGGAAUGAGGUUGGAGGGCAUCGAUCCUUUACAUCCAUCCAUGUACUGUGUGCUGUCUGUGGCUGAGGUGAGUGGCUUUCGUUUGCGUCUCCACAUUGAUGGUUACACGGAGUGCUAUGACUUUUGGGUAAAUGCUGACUCUCCAACCAUUAAACCAGCUGGUUGGUGUGAGUUAACAGGCCAUAAACUUCAUCCACCUAAAGGUUAUAAACUGAAUGAGUUUAACUGGGAGAAAUAUCUAGAAAGUCAAAACGCUCAAGCUGCACCAAAGAAUCUGUUCAAAUCCCAAAGCAGCAUCCCCAUCACCUCCUCCAGUUUUCAGGUGGGAAUGAAGUUAGAAGCGGUGGACCGUAAGAAUCCGUGUCUUGUGUGCGUGGCCACUGUAGCAGAUAUCGUAGACAAUCAUUUCCUGGUUCAUUUUGACAACUGGGACGACACUUACGAUUACUGGUGUGAUGCGAGCAGUCCUUAUAUUCACCCUGUAGGUUGGUGUCAGGAUCAGGGCCGAACUUUAACUGCACCUCAGGGACAUCCUAAUCCAGAGCAUUUCAUCUGGGAGGAAUACAUGGAGGACACGUCCACAUGUGCUGCUCCGACUCAAGCUUUCUGUAUGAGAGCUCCACAUGGGUUCCAGGUGCACAUGAGAUUGGAGGCAGUAGACAGAAGAAAUCCCAUGUUGAUUCGUGUGGCUACAGUGACUGACACUGAAGAUUACCGAGUCAAAGUUCAUUUCGAUGGCUGGCAUGAGAAGUUUGAUUUCUGGGUGGAUUCAGAUUUAUGUGAUCUUCAUCCGGUGGGCUGGUGUGCCAGGACGGGUCAUCCUCUAGAACCUCCACCCACACACACAGGUCUUUGUGAACAGAAGAGCUCUGUUGGUCAGGGUGUUUGUCCAACACCGGGCUGUAGGGGCAUCGGUCACAUCAAAGGAGCAAAAUACACCGGACACCACAGUGCCUUUGGUUGCCCAUAUUCAGAUAUGAACAUGAGGAAAGAAGUUGUGCUGGCCGAUCGUCUCGGAGGAGAGAAGCAGAUUAAUUUCAUCCCUGUGCAGUUUGUGCAGAAGACAAAACGUCUGUGUCCAGAUGAAGAGGAGGAUGAAGAUGGAAAGGUUGAGAACAGUCAUGUGGAGAACAGAGAGAUUUUACCAGGGUAUGAAGUUACUCCUCGUCCACGGGGUCGACCACCGAUUGUCAAGAAGGAGCAGAAAGAGGAGGCAACAGAUCAGGGGCCAAAACUUCUGUCACCGCUCGGAAAGAGAAGUCGACUGAGCAGCAACAGCAGCGGCAGCAGCAGCAGAUUUACACAUUCAGCGAAAUAUCUACGCAUUAAAGAUGAGGAGGAAGACAUUGAUGUGGACAGCGUCAUUACAGAGCGUAAUGUGGACAGUCUUCAGCAGGCUCUUCAUCAGUCAGUCUUCCUCUCAGCUUUAUCUGCUCACCCGACUCGUGAUCUGCCGCUGUGCUGGGAACAACACUGUAAACUCUUGCCCGGUGUGGCCGGCGUUCAGGCCAGUCGAGUCACUCACUGGACUGUUGACGAGGUGUCAGAUUUUAUUCACUCAUUACCAGGCUGUGAGGAACAAGCCAAGCAGUUCAGAGAGGAGCAAAUCGACGGGAAAGCCUUUCUUCUGUUGACGCAGCGAGAUAUCGUCAAGAUCAUGAGCGUGAAGCUCGGCCCCGCUCUCAAGAUUUACAACUCCAUCUUGAUGUUCAGACACGCUGAGGAUAACCAAUCGGCGAGCAGCGAUACUAACACAUGAAGCUGAACGGAUGUCCUGUAUGUUUGUGAUCUCAGUGUAUCGAUGCAUUCCAACGCCUCUCGUGCCCCAAACGCCUUCCGUUACCGCUCGUCGCCGUACGACCAGAUCCUUCAGGUUCCUCUCGACUCCGUUCUGCCUUGAAACAGCCAUAAUGGACCUAGCGCACGUGUGCUCGCUCGCUUUACCCGCUCUGCUGUAGUUUUUCUUCAUAUAAACUCAACAACGUGACAAUCAAACAAACAACCGCGAAGCCGUCGGCCGUAUCAGGGCUCUCUCUCUCUCUCUCUCUCUCUCUCUCUCUCAGUCACGGUGCUAAACAGAUGAACAGGGACUCUUCUCUUGUGUUCAUCCCAAACAUGAGAGUCCUGUCAUCAGCUACUCGCCCUCUUUACAAACACACAGCAGUGAUUGGUGGACAUUUCUUAUAAUAUUUCAGCCAAGAAAUUCACCGUUUGUGUAUGAAGGGCUUGUGAAUGAUGAGAGUAUUUUCAUCUUUGCUUGAACAAACCCUUGAACUUUGUGUCCAUUUUGUUUCUCUCUCUCUUGUGUUUUAUUCUUACCGUUUGUGUAAAGUUCUUAUGAUUUUCUGUAUCUGCUGAAUCAACUUUUAUUUAUUGUGCAAAAGCUGUUUGCACAGUGAAGGAUAGUAAUAUAUUGUAUAUUAUAAAUUUCCAAAUGCCAAAAGGAUUUCUUUUAAAUUUAAGAGUGUUUAUUUUUGUGAUGUAUUGCACAGAAAAGUGAGAAUUCGAUAAAUCCUUCAUUUAUGUUAUCAAAAUAUUCUAAAAGUAAGUAAAAUAUGUUUUGUGCGACCUCCCAUUGACUUAAGAAUGAAAGUUUCUUAUUAUUCAGAUCUGUGUGGUUUUCUUCUUCAGUGGUCCGAAUGAAAGAUUGCACGUCAUGUGAAUUCUCCUCCUUCAGCAUCGGGGGGAUGAUUAUUUAUAAACUUGCUCAAAGAUGCACAAAGCAAACCGUAUAUAUUUGCUAUCAGUUUUGAAAUUGGUGUGAAUUGAUUAGUAUUUUGAACAGGUUUAUUUAACAUCAGGAAUGUGAAUCCCUCGCUCUUUCUUCUGUAUUUUAAUGUUUAUUUGUGAGCGAUGAUGGGUUAGAUUUUGAUUCAGUUGCUGUAUUUCAGUAGAUUCACUCAUCAUUUGCAGUUUGGUUGAUUCUGUAUAUAUUUAUAAACCCUCUUUCUUACACUUACACACUUUGUACAACAGAAUUUAUUCAGACAGCAUCGACUUCCCAAUAAACAAAUGCACAUCA